AGAGCAGCAGAGGCUGCGCCCUCUGAAGAGAUUGCAGCUCCUGCGGCGGCAGGGUGAGCAGCAUGACCUGGCAGCCAGGGCGCAGGCGCAAAGGGAGGCUCAGCAAUCCCUGCGCGCCAAGGUGCAUGCAGAAGAGUUGGAGCGGCAGAAGCUUGACAGGGCCAAGCAGGACGCCGCCAGAGAGCUGAGGCGGCGCGAAGUGGCGGAGGCGGCAGAGGCAAGGCAGGAGGAGCUGCGGAUCGCAGCCGAGCAGAAAAUGGCGCGCCACGACGCUCAGGCGGCCGUGCUGUCGGCCAGCAAAGCCGCGCUGCAGGCCAAGCUGCGCAGCCGCCACGUGACACUGGAGCAGCAGCGCAAGCAGGCCGCUGAGCGCAGGCGAGAGCAGCAGGAGGAGCAAGAGAGGAAGCUGGCGGAGAAGCUGCGCGCAGCUGAGGAGGCGCAGCGGCGCAGGCAUGAGGAGAGGAGCGAGGCCGAAGAGAGGAGGAGGACCGAGGAGGCCGAGCGAGAGGCUGAGCGGCAGGCCACCAUCCGGCGCGCCGAGCUGCAGAACAGCAACCGGGCCCGAGAGCUAGAGAUGAAGAGUGUGGCAAAGGAAAUUGCGCGGCAGAGGCAGCUGCAGGCAGAGGCGGAGUCACGAGCUGCGCGCAGCAGUGAGGCGCUGCAGCAGGAGGCUGCUGUCAGGCAGCGCAUGCAGCUCAAGGUACAGCAGGAGGAAGAGGCAGCCCGUCAGCUGGCUGACCGGUACGAGGAGAAAAUGGCACGCAGCCGCCAGAUCGCGCAUCAGCGCCAGACCCUGACCAGCCAGCUGCAGAAGGUCCGCCUGAGCAUCGCAGAGCAGGAGAGACUGCUCAAGGAGUCGUAUGCAAGGUUUGAGAAGACGGGGAAGCUGGAGUUGUCGCCGCAGCUUCUGCAACUCGAGAAGCUGGCCAUCUGCAGCCCUCUGCCAGACUCCCCAGCCUCUGAUCUCAUUGGAGCCUACACUGGCUUCAGCACUCCCAGAUCUUCGGCCUCUGUGCCGCGCACCAGAAGCAGCAAUCUCAGACCCUCCCAAGCUGCCCGAGGUCCUCUGACUGGCAACAAGCGCCAACAGUCAUGCGCUGGGUCAAAGGAGGGGUCCUGUGCGCUACAAGAUCUUGGCCAACCUCCCUUAACGCCAUGCCUUGGUGGGAGCCAAGAGAUUGAGGCAUGGAGUGAAGAGGGCGAUGGGACACUGGUGGGCAAUUUGGGAUAUGGGAAGGUGUUGGAGUCCCCAGCCGUUGCAUACUGUGAUCUGCAGGCUGAGUUGCUGGCCUAUGCACAAGAGCUCGCACCUGACACUGCAGCACAGCAGGCUUCCUGAACUUGCAAAGCGUGAGAAGAUUGGCCAUCCGUUCACUACAAAGCGAUGAUAGAACUGGAAGAUAGAAUGGCAUUACUGCAUGUUAACACAGUCCAUUAACUUGCGUGCUUGUUGCUUGAAAGGUCCACAGAUGGUUUGCGAUAGAGAGUGGCACAAAACAUCAUUUGUUGGAUCUUUGACCAAAGGUUGCC